AUGUCCGCCUCCCCUUCGCAGAUCACUCCCCAGAUUGCGCAAACCACUACUGGACAAAGCACUUCGAAUCAACUGGAGGUGCCCGGCCAGAUUAUAGGCCAGAAAAGACCGAGAGAGCACGACAUUCUAAGCGCUAUUCCUGCCAAGAAGGCGACGAGAACUCACCCGUUGGUCAGGGUUGGAAGACAUUUCACGAGGACGGUUCAAGCCUUUUGCGAUAUCCACGAACUCAUCCGAGAAGCCAUGGAUCGCAACGCAGCGACGAAAAAUGGCGUGCCGGAUGACGUUGUCUUUGGACCCGAAUUCAACCCAGAUGGUACACCAAACGAAGACACCCGAAAGACUAGGAGAGAACACGAAAUUUAUGGCCAGCUUCUGGCUUUGAUGUCAACCCUGGAAGCAAGCCUCUGUAACAGCAGUACACCAGAAGAUUUAGCCCAUGUUGCAUCUUUGCUCACUAAGGGCGCUCAAGGAGCCCGCGCCGAUGAUACCAAAUCGCUGAAAACGAACGUUCUUGACUGGAUUACUCCCAGGGGAGUUGCAUUGACACCACCCAUACCUCGCAACGGAAAGGCCGAACGCGGUUUCAACCACUAUUGGACGGGAAAGCUCCUUUGCCCCGCCCUACUUGACUGGGAAGAUGAAGAGACGCGAAAAUCUCUGGCUGGUGGACUGACCGUACCCGGCGACCAUUGGCCUAUGUUUGUUUAUAGGGACUAUAAGUUCAAUCCAGAGGAUGUGUGGGAGGGCCUCUUCCGUAGCAAUAUCCUUGUUUCGGCCUUCAAACACACAUUUACGUCCCCGAGCUCGGUUGACCAGGCCACUAAAGCCACCCGCUCAUGCAAUGCACACCUCAAUGGCAUGAAGAAGGUAACGAGAGGGUCGAUUGCGUACAUCGCAACGCAGGUACGCUUCGCCCUUUCCUCCAACACCACCCUGUCGAAGCAGGAGGUUGCGACCGAGUCGGAAACCUUUUACGCAAGCAUAAUGAAUUUCUUCGGGCUUGAAGAGGAACAGGAAGACGUCGAAGAACUUCUGAAGUGGUGGAAUGGACAAGUGUUCCCGCGUCACCACCCUGAAGAGGCGGCUGCCGUUAGAGACAUUUCCACCAUCCCCCAAAUACCUUCCAUCGUUAUGUUGGCCAAGAACCAAAGAGAGGCGAAGAAAAGGAAAGCGCUCGCAGAGAAGACGAAUCAGAAUUCUAACCGUACAACGAUGGCUGGUACUUCAGGCAACAAUACGAGUUCUGCAGGUGGAAAAGAGAAUUAG